UUAUGUCAUGUAAUGAGAACCGCAGAAUAGGAGAAGAUUGGAAGGACCGUUACACAAUUGAUACUAUGGAGAUCUGCACCCCAGCCGAAUCCAUAAUAUAUUAUUCGGCAGCAAGUGGAGAAUUAAGAUGCUGUUUGUCUAGCUAGAAUAGAAUAUGCAAAAGUCUUGUCAGAUUUAUUUUCACGGUGUUCAGACUCCAACACCCUGCAUGUUUCAUUGAUUAUUUCAUUAUUUUCCUUAAUCCUUCGAACACCUCCUUGGUCGGUUUUCUCAUUCGCAGUUUCUUCUUAGCUAGCUGCCUGUACUUGAGAGGUGAGACCUUGUUCUUGCAGUUUAUUCUUUCCUGUUCUUGAUUGCCUCUUGUUUUGAUUUAGUGGUUUUCCAACGGCCUCCAGCUCUCAAGUACCCUGUGCAUCUCCUCCUUCAUCAGCUCUUUGAUUCGGUGCUCUAUAUCUCUUUCCUAUUGUGGAUUCACACAGUCAAUAAUUUCUUAGUCCUUCUCUCCCUUCUUUCCCUUGUUUGCUUAAUUCUCACUGGAAAUUAGUCUCUUUCUUGCUCGUUUCAAUUUUCAAUCUUCGCCGUCAAUGUCGGACUAUCUUCACUCUCCGGCUGUAGAGCCGUUUAGUCAACAGCAGCGGCUCCAGGCGCUGAUCGAGGGCGCCAGGGAGAACUGGACCUAUGCCAUCUUCUGGCAGUCGUCGUACGACAUGUCGGGAGAUUCCGUUCUCGGGUGGGGCGACGGGUUCUACAAGGACGAGAGUGAUAAAUGGAAAGCGAGGCCCAAAAAGAUGACGUCAUUAGUCGAGCAGGAGCACCGGAAGAAAGUGCUCAGGGAACUCAACUCUUUGAUUUCUGGGGCCCACACCACCGCCGACGACGAGGUCGUAGAUCAAGUCACUGGUACAGAAUGGUUCUUCCUUGUUUCCAUGACCCAUGGUUUCCUCAACGGCGGCGGGUUGCCGGGUCAGGCCUUUUUCUAUUCCAACCCGGUCUGGGUCACCGGGCCGGACCGCCUAGCGGCGUCCUCCUGCGAGCGGGCCCGCCAAGCUCAGGUCUCCGGCCUACAGACCAUGGUCUGCGUCCCGACGGCGAAUGGGGUGGUCGAAUUGGGCUCGACGGAGCUGAUAUUCCAAAGCUCGGAUGUGAUGAACGAGGCCCGAGUAUUGUUUGAUUUCAAUAAUCUUGAAGUCGGUUCUUGGCCUGUAGCUCCGGCCACUUCAGGACCGAGUAGCAGUAACCAUCACAUCUCUAAGCCGAUUCAGUUUGACAACCACCCUAGUUCCAGUAGCUCUUCUGCUACUCAGUGGAAGUAUGAUGUGUUUUUGAGUUUCAGGGGUCCUGACACUCGAAGGAGUAUUGUAGCUGAUUUAUACGAUCGGCUGCAAAACAAGAGAGGAAUUAGAACAUUUAUGGAUGAUCCAGAUCUUCGAGUAGGGGAUGCUAUUUCUCCCGCUCUCUUAAAGGCGAUUGAAGAAUCAAGGUUUGCAAUCGUUGUUCUAUCGAAAAAUUAUGCUCAUUCUACUUGGUGUUUGGAGGAACUUACAAGUAUCUGUCAGUGCAUGAAAGACUUCAACAGAAUUCUUCCACUUUUCUAUAAUGUGGAACCCUCUGAUGUACGGUACCGGAAAAGGAGUUUCCGAAGAGCUUUCGAUAAGCAUGAACGCUCUGGGCGACACACAUCAGAGAAGGUGCAGCGGUGGAAUGAUGCGUUAAACAAAGUGGCCAGUUUUUCUGGGUGGCAUACAAAGAAUUUUAAGAGUGAUAGAGAUCUUGUUGACUCCAUUGUGGAAUUUGUGUGCAGUAAAGUACAACCUAUUGAAAUCGGUUUUACAAUGUUCGCCGGAGAUUUUCAAGCAUUUGAAGCAACAAGAAAAAGCAUGAAUGAGGUUAUGAAGGUGCUUCAAGAUGACGAGGUCACUGCCCUUGGGGUCUAUGGAAUGGGAGGGGUCGGCAAGACAACCAUGGUUAAACGUGUCGGCGCGCUAGCCCGCAAGAACGGAAUUUUUAACCAUGUACUUCUGGCUGUCAUAUCCCAAAGCCCUGACUCGAGAAAUAUUCAAGCCACAUUGGCAGAGCUGCUGGGCUUCAAAUUCAAGUGGGAGACAGAAAUUGGAAGAGCCGCUGAGUUGCAUGAGAAGAUAAUGAGUAAAAAUAAGAUCCUUAUAAUCCUGGACGACAUGUGGGAGAGAAUGGAUUUGUCAAGAAUAGGAAUUCCCAGCUAUGACGAGCUCAAAAAAUACAAUUCUAAAGUCCUACUCACCACGAGGAGAUUGCAUGUUUGUAAUUCCAUGGACAGCCAAGCAAGCAUUCCUCUCGAUAUCUUAUCAGAAGAAGAUUCUUGGAAAUUGUUUAUGAGAAAUGCAGGAAGGUCUUUUGAAUCCUCCAAUUUUAAUAACGUAGCAAGAAAGGUAGCUGCAGAAUGUAGGGGUCUACCAAUUGCAUUGAUAGCAGUUGCAAGGGCACUCAGAGAUAAAGAUCUGGCGGAAUGGCAAAAAGCAGCUCAACGACUGGAGAAGUCGCAAAUUGCCAACCCUGAUGAUAAGGGAGAUGCAUUCGAAUGUAUAAAAUUAAGCUUUGAUUACUUGAAAGAUGAGGACCACAAGUCAUGCUUCUUGCUCUGUUGCCUAUUCCCAGAAGACCAUGAAAUCAAUAUAGAAGACUUGUUCAGGUAUGCGAUUGGAAAAGGAUUGUUUCAAGAUGCCGAAACAAUGUACGAAGCCAGAGGAACAGCAGAUUCAGUGGUCAAGUACCUGAAAGAUUCUAGCUUGCUUUUGGAGAGUGAAUACAUUGGAUGUGUAAAGAUGCAUGAUGUCAUCCGGGAUACAGCCAUGAAUAUUGCAAAAUCUAAAGAUGGGCAUCGGUUUACGGUAAAAGUUGGCUGUGGUUUAGAGGAUUGGCGGCCACGCGGAUUACAUGAAGGCUGCACUGCUAUUUCACUAAUGAGGAACAAAAUUCGCAAGCUACCCGAAGAAGAGUUGGUAUGUCCAAAUCUCCAGCUUUUAUUACUAAAACAGAAUGCUGAUUUAAAUGAGAUCCCAGAAAAGUUUAUCCAAAAUCUGAAUAAAUUAAGGCUCUUGGAUCUUAGCAACACUAGUAUUUCCGUAUUACCCCAAUCAUUCAGUCUCCUUACCAACCUUCAAGCUUUGAAUUUAGAUUUUUGCGAGCAAUUGAUUGACAUAUCCGUAGUGGGAAAACUUAAGAAGCUUGAAAUUCUUAGUAUGAGACAAUGUCCUCUCAAGAAACUGUCGAGAGAAAUAGGACAUUUGACCAAUCUAAGAAUUUUGGAUGUCAGUUCCGCUGAAUUUCUCAUAAUUCCACCUAAAGUGAUACCGAAGUUGCAUAAAUUAGAAGAACUGUAUAUACUAAACUGUGGAUUUGAGGAUUGGGGGAGUGAAGUUGAGAGAGAAGGAGAAGAAACUGAAUUGGUUUUCCCUGUUUUGUCAAAUUUGAAAAAUUGGCAGGUUUGCAUAUCUGAUGCUAAAUGCACACCUAAAUGUCUUGAGGUCAAUGGAGAAUAUCAUAAUUCAAGAUCCUUGUUUCUUAAUGGAGCAACCAUAAGUACCUUACCUGACUGGUUUAUCAACACAGUGACAAAGAAAACAGAGAAGCUAGAGUACAGUCGCUGCAAAGGGAUGAGUGACAUUCUUAUGGAAUAUGACCAUGGGAGGUUACAUAAGCUCAAGCAUCUUAGAGUAUGUGGUUAUUUUUGUGAUUCCUAUGUGUACUUGAAGGAGUUGAUGAACACAACAAGACGAGUUCAAAAAGGACCAGUGUUUGUGAAUUUGGAAGAGUUGCAUCUGAUAGAUCUGAUCCACCUUAAUGAGUUGUGUGUUGGAGAGUUACCACAUGGGUCUCUCUUCAAUCUGAAGGUAUUGCAUAUAUCUUUUUGUAAUAUUUUGAAGAAUGUAUCAAAACUGGUACAGAGACUACCAAAUCUGGAGAGACUAUAUUUAAAUUGCAUGGAUGACCUGGAAUAUGUGUUUGGAUGUGAAGGGUUUGAGCCGAAAGAAUCAAAACUGAGAGAGAUGCAGUUGUUGGGUCCAAAUUCAGUGAAGAGCAUUUGUAGUGGUCCUGCCCCACGCGUAAUGUUCCAGAGUCUUAAAAGUUUGACUUUUUACCGUUGCGAGUUGCUGCAAAGUCUGUUCGCAUAUGAUGUAGCCCAGAAUCUUGUUCAAUUGGAAGACCUUUUAGUAGAAUGGUGCCCUUUGUUGGUAAGAGUAAUUGAAGCAGUGAACAACGAGAAGGCUACGGUUCUUCGAAGAAUGAAGAACUUGGUUUUCAUGGGACUUCCCAAGUUGUAUGGUGCAAGUGCUACUGUUGACAUUGAGUGUCCUUCAUUAGAACACUUGAUUGUGGUGGAUUGUCCCCGGUUUUCAUUUUCAACCUCUUCCUUAAGCAGGAACCCGUCUUCAUUUUCAACCUCUGCUUCCGACUACUUUGGCAGCACCAACCUAGUCAAACUCAAUGAUCAACAACAUCUUCAACUUCUAUCAUCAAGGGUUGGUCAUCUAGGUGAGGCUGCAAAUCCGAUUAAUACGCUUGAAGCUGCAUUGCUUGAUCGUGACUUUCAAGAAAGCCACAGGGAUUAUGACAGCCAUUAAUUCUAGGAACCUUGGAGAAUGAAGAGAUCAGUUGACAUGCUCCAUCAGGAUGAUAUUUGAUUCUUGCCACUGGACCUGGUGUCUGUGGGGACAACAGUAUCUGCACUUUGAAAGCAGAUAAGAGUUGAUAAUAUAUAUGUGGUUCUCUUAAAAAUAAUUUUUGGUAAUAUAUAUGUGGUUCUCAUUAUUCAUUUGUUUUCCCAUUCUUAUAAUGCAAAUGAGUUCUGUGUAUCAGUGCAGCAAGCAAAAUUUAACUACCAUUUUCUUUUUCACUCUUAUAUUCUUAUUUUUCUUUGUUAUUAUUCGUCAUCUUUAACCAAUAUUACAACUAGCAUGGGGAUGAUCAAAGAGAAAUAUUGUUCAGUUGGUCAUCUAGCUGAGGCUGCAAAUCCAAUUGAUACACUAGAAGCUUUGCUGGAUUGUGACUCUCAAAACAGCCAAAGAGUUUGUAAAAGCCAUUCUAGGAACCUUGGAGAGUGAAGAGAUCAGUUUACAUGCUCAACCAGGAUGACAUUUGAUUCUUGCCACUGGUUUUGUUUUGAUUUUCAGCAACCGAAGAUUGGCUCGAAGUAACAGAGAGAUAAUUAAAUGGUCGAGAAGAAGAUUGCUCAAUUGCUCAUGCAGCUCUUUGUUCAUUUAAAACUCUUUGUUCAACGUUUUAGAUUUUUGCUCCUAGCUUAUUCUUUCCGUUUCUCAAAAUGAUUAAAAAUGUAUUGUAAAGUGUAAAUAAUAUUUUAAGACUUUGAAAACUUGUUAAAUUUUCAACUUAUAUACU